CCCAUCUUCUCCCUGCUUUUCUCUUCUCCUCUCAGGGAGCAUCCCACACCUUCAGCCACCCUGGAGGCCAACAUCACCGAGCCGCUGCUGGCCCACGAGCCCUUGGAAGAUUACGGGUCGUUGAGAGAGAAGGACCCUCGACAGGCGGAAAAGGAAUAUUACAGGUCACUUGGAAACCAGCGUCUCCUCCUUGCCAGCUUCGCGGCCGUGUUGGGGAAUUUCAGUUUCGGCUUUGCUUUAGUGUACACCUCGCCCGUCAUACCAGCUCUGGUGAAAUCUCCAGUCCCCAACUUGCAACUAACCGAGGUUACCGCUUCCUGGUUUGGGUCCAUCUUCACCUUAGGAGUCGCCGCAGGAGGGCUGUGCACCAUGUACUUCAAUGACCGCCUGGGACGCAAGCUGAGCAUCAUGUUCUCCUCCGUCCCUUCUGUGAUUGGGUACUUCUUGAUGGCCAGCGCCAACAAUAUCUGGAUGCUCUUGGUCGGGAGGCUUCUCACGGGCUUCGCAGGAGGAGUCACCUCGGCUGCCAUUCCAGUCUACAUUUCCGAGAUCUCCCACCCAGGAAUCCGAGGGGCGUUGGGCUCCUGUCCUCAAAUCAUGGCUGUUUUGGGCGCCCUCUUCCUUUACGCUUUAGGUCUCGUGGUGCCCUGGCGUUGGCUGGCCGUUGCCGGAGAAGUCCCCGUUCUCCUCAUGAUCUCUCUCCUCUUCGUCAUGCCUGACUCGCCGCGUUUCCUGAUCUCUAAGGGGAAGGAAGACGAGGCGCUGCGCGCGCUCCGCUGGCUGAGAGGCAAGGAUGUGGAUUAUUGGUGGGAAUACGAGCAGAUCAAAGCCAGCGUUCAGGAACAGAGUCAACCCAUUACUUGGACAGAAAUCCGCAAACCUCACAUCAUCAAGCCCAUCGCAAUUACUUUGCUGAUGAGGUUUCUACAGCAGCUUUCAGGCGUCACCCCAAUCCUCGUCUACCUGCAGCUGAUAUUCGACAGCACGGAAGUGAUCCUGGCCCCUGAAUACGAUGCUGUUAUUGUGGGCGGCGUCCGCUUAGCCUCGGUCCUGGUGGCGGCUUUCUCGAUGGAUAAAGCUGGGCGAAAGAUUCUUCUCUAUGUCUCCGCUUGCCUCAUGCUCGCCUCAAACCUGACUUUGGGCUUCUACAUCCGCUUCAUCCCUCAACUUCUCCACAAUUCUUCAACGCUGGUGGGGAACGGGACCCACGCGGGCCUCGGCGACACCUCCAUGGUGGGUCUCACGGCGAUUCCUCUGGUGGCCACCAUGUUCUUCAUAAUAGGCUACGCCAUGGGUUGGGGUCCCAUCACAUGGUUGUUGAUGGCAGAGGUCCUUCCCCUGAAGGCACGAGGAGUGGUCUCCGGUCUUUGUGUACUUGUGAGUUGGUUGACUGCCUUCGCCUUGACCAAAGUCUUUCUGUUGGUUAAGGAAACAUACGGCCUGGAGGUGCCCUUUUUCUUCUUCAGCGUCAUCUGCGUCAUCAACCUCUUCUUCACCUAUCUCAUCCCCGAAACCAAAGGGAAAUCCUUGGAACGGAUCGAGUCAUAUUUCCGCACGGGGCGGAAAUCAUUCCUGGAAUCUUUCCGGCACCAGAGGUGAGACCCCUGACUGAGCUCAACAACCCGACGUCUGGAUGCUGAAAGCAGCCCCUUCCAAUGGACAUCAGCCUGUGGCUAUCCAUGCCGGUCCUUGUCUCCUGUCUCUCUCGCGCGCGAAAACCGGGAAGGGCCUCAAACCAACGUCGCGUCGCUCAGCUGAAACGUAAUAAUCCGAGCGAUUCCAAGCAGAACGAGGAAUUCUGGAUCUCAAAUCUCAUCGUUGCCGGGAACUUAUGACGGUGGCGUUGAUCCCUUCCCAGCUGCAACGUGUAGGAAACGCUCCCACCGGCUUCAACCUGGCUUGUUGUUAAGAACGGCUGAUAACCGUGGUUUAAAUGAUAGCGCUGCGUAAAACAUGAAGCAUGAGCCCGAGAAGAGGAGGUUAGUUUUUAACAAAAAAAAUAACCCACAAAUGUUUUUUAGACUUGGUGCGAGAGAGGAAAAAAUGUUCCCAGUGGGAAAUUUAGGGGUCUAGAGGGCAGUUUGAAGGAAUAUAUUCAAGUGGUUUUUGUAGGUGGCUUUACUGGCAGAUAUGUUAUAUUACAGCUCUAACUUAUUGGUA